AUGCAGCGGGUUUCGGCUCUGCUCCCGUCGUGGGACAAAUCGAAGCCCAAUAACAACACCACCGGUCACAAACACAGGCCCAGGCCGUCACUUGCAUCCUUGGAGAAGGUGUUUGGAUGGGCCGACAAGAGCAACACUCCAGCGAACCGUAACAGCUCUCCAGCAGCGGCUGCCACUGCGACUGGUGCCGUGCGCUUCGGGAGGGAGACAUACUGGCCUACCACUCUGGACAAGGAAUGUGACAAGGCAGCUCGCAUCCUAAAGUCAUUCUGCACUGAUGGCUUCCUCGCACAAGAAGACCGGGGCUCCCGGCCAUCGAGCCUGACAACACCUCCGACUCCAAAGCAAGUAACGAAAAAGAUCCCUCCACGGAUAAUACAGAAUGCCGUCGGCCUGGCGAUAUUCUCUUGCAUGCGCUCCGGCCUCUGGAUGUCAGGCUCCGGUGGCUCGGGAAUUCUGAUAGCCAGGAAGGCUGACGGCACAUGGUCGCCCCCUUCGGGCAUCCUGCUGCAUUCGGCCGAGGUGGGAUUCGUCAUUGGUGUCGACAUCUACGACUGUGUCCUCGUCAUCAACAGUGUCGCCGCUCUGGAGAUGUUUACUCGGCCCAGGACAACCCUCGGCUCCGACGUCAACCUCACUGUUGGGCCCCUCGUCACCACAGGAUUGCUGGAAAACGAUCUCAAAUGGAAAGAACUGAACAACACCGUGCUUACAUAUCUCAAGGCUAGGGGCAAGCAUCAGGACGUCCGACUGGACGGCUCGUUUGUUACCGGACGAGGCAACGAGAAUGAGCGGUUCUACGCCGGUAAUGUCGACGUGCUGGAUAUCUUGGCUGGCAACAUCAACAAGAGCAUACCCGAGACCCGACCGCUGUUUGAGGUCAUCAAGGCUGCCGAGGGAAGAACAGACUUCGACGCGGCGCUCAUGGACCUUCUCUCGCAGCAGCCAGCCCCCGGCGACGCCAUCAUUGAGACCCCCAGGCCCUCCCCGUUAUCGCCGCCCCGGUCGCCGUUUGGCAUUCCCAAUUUAGAAGACCCCGACCCAUUUGGCGUGAUCGCCCUGGAGAUGGCCGGCCUUGAGAUCAGGGAGGCCGGCACUCGAUUACGGCCUCAAAGCAGUCAGUUCGAGUAUAGCCCCGCCCCGACGAGCCCCGUGUUCAGCAAAUUCAGCCGGCAGAGUACCGACACUUAUAUUUCCAAGAGUAACAGAGGGAGCUUCAUGUCCAACAAAACCCAGGCCACCGCGGUGACGGAUGCCUACACCCAGACCGAUGAUGCAAACACACCGGAAACCACGCUUAGCCAUAACAACAGCGAUGACGGGCAGGAUAGGGGCCCCGAGAAGCUUCCCACAGUCAUGGAGCCAUUUGAAGUCGAUUAUACACAGAUAGACACCAGCCCGAUUCAGCACCUCAAUACACCGGACUCGGUGGAAACGGCAGGUGCUGCAAACAGGUUGAGCACUCGGAAGAGCGAGCCUAUUGUUGGCCCGACGACCUCAUUGGAUGGUGCUGCCGACAAGGAAUCUAACACGUAUCCCGAGGAUGAGCAUGACCAGGAUGCAGAUGAUGAAGACGAGGAAGAUGAUGACGAGGAGGCUAUUGUAUACGAGGUCGUGACUGCGGCGCCAGCAACUCGAACGACGAUCGCGUCCACCCAAGUGACCCAGGUCAUUCACGCCAAGGGUGCCCUGGUGACCAUCCCCAAGCGGAUUCCACCGCCGCUACCACCCAGGAGCCCUGCACGGACGUCUCGCGCGAGCAAGAGCGAGUAUGGCGAUUCAGCAGACAUGGCGUCGGAACGCGCGCCAACUCCGGCGAUAGACGAGAUUGCCCUUGCUACAACUGCUUCCACUCCGGUCUCCGAAGUUGCCACAAAGGAGUCAGAGGCUGAGCAGACGGAUUUCCAGCAGCAGCACCGCAAACAAGCCUCUUCUGUCUACACCAACAGCGAGAAGAGAUGGAGCACGGGCAGCAACCACUCUCCCCCCACCCCGGUGACCGGGGAGGCGGCCUCGUCAUCAGCCGAGGGGGAGUCGGAACGCGAGCCCAGGACUCCGAAGGCCGAGAUUGGCGUUCGUUCGGCAACGAGCCAACCCGAGAAGUUAGACAGCGAAGGCCAGUACCCACGUAGACUUCCGUUGUGCUCUUGCUUACGUAACCGCCUGGAACAAACUAGGAUUUUCGCGGUUCUGACAAGCGCGUCUGUCCCCCUGCGCGACUGGAAAGCGAUUCCCCCAAGCCAAAAGAUAGCAGCCAAUUGUACGGGGAAAUGGCGCGAGGACCAGAUCCUCGUCAUCUGCCCCGGCAGCCAAACCACCAUGGCCCAGCUGGGCUGCGGUGAACUGACGCCGCCGGCGUACCGCAUCCCCACCCGAAUGUUCAAGGACGAGGAGACAGGGGGCUGGAGACCGUACCACACGGAGAAGCGCAAGAAGCAGCGGCCCUCCAACGGGGUCGCGGAGAUCAAUGGAGCCCAGGAUGCGAAGAAAGCCGAUGGUGGUGAUGAUGAGUGGGAGUACAUCGAGGAUCAGGACUCGAGCGAGGGCGCAGUCUAUCCUCUCCAAGCCGGCCACAUCACCAACAUGGAGGCCUUCCUCGCCUUCCUCGACCACGUGCACGGCAUGCUCACCAACACCUACCACAGCACCCCCAUCAUGCUCAUGACCUCGCCGCAGUGGACGCGACACGACUGCGAGGCCGUGGCCCAGUACAUUUUCGAGAAGACCAAGACGCCGGCUCUAUGCAUGAUACACAGCGGUAUUGCGACUCAGUAUGGCUUUAAGUGGCCACACCUAACCGUGAUCGACGUUGGUUUCGAGAAGGUCGACGUCACAUGCAUAUACGAUAGCAGAGUGGUCAACCACAAGAGCGUCGGAUGGAGCUCCGACGAGAAGAAGGCCAUCAGCGGCGGCGAAGCCUUGACCCAGAAGCUCCUGGGCCUGUUGAAGGACAAGGGCUUUAGCUAUGAAAUGGCGGAGAAGCUGAAGAAGAGCCCCAUCUGCGAGGUCCUUCCGUAUACCCCCGACAGCCCAAACCUCAUGGACCUGCCGACCGAGGCGGCGGGGGUGUUAGGUCCUUCCCAGGCAGCGUCAGGCAGCGCGGAGGGGCCAAAGACUGCCGAACUGUCGCAGCUCAGCGGUCCUGCCGGGGAUGACGACGACGAAGACGAUAAGGGCGUCGACGAAGAUGGCGUGCUCGACGUGGCCAACAUCGUGGCGAGCGGGCAGACGCGAGAGUUCCUGGCGAAGAAGGAGAGGGAGAGGGCGGAAAAGGCCAAGUUGGGGAAGAGGGCCAGGGAAAAGGAGGCCGCCGAUGCGGCUGCCGCGAAACCGACGCGGCUGCCCAAUUCCAAGAGGACCCGGAACCUGUUCCACUAUGAGGAGAUCGUGGAGGAGGAUGUUCCCCCCAAGCCAGCACCGCCGGCAGAGAAAGAAGCCGGACCCAAGGAUGUGGAGAUGGCAGACGCAGCCGGCCAACAACCAGCGCCGGACCAGACUAAGGAAUCCGAGGGCGAUGUGCAGAAGACGGAGGCGAACGGUGAACAGCCGCAGCCCUCCGAGGCAAUGGUCUCGAAACCUGAAGAAACCCCAGCCUCGGAUCCUACGGCGGCGCCGGCACCACCCGCCGCCGCCGCCGCCCCAGCCCCAGAGCCUCCGGUACCAGAGCGCCAGAACAGACGCGUGCGCCGGGAUAUCGAGGUCGGGCUGGAGCGAUUCCUCUUCGCGGACCGGGUCGAGAUCGACCGCAUCGUGACGGCCAUCUACCGCGCGGUGCAGGGCAUCGAGGACAUGUACAUGCGCCCCGCGUGCUGGGAGAACCUCGUCUUUGUCGGCAACGGGGCGCGGCUCCGCGGGCUGAGGGACAACAUCCUGCAGACGCUCAACGCGCGGCACCUGGUGUCGCCCAGCUCGGCGACCAUGUUCACGAGCGAGCUGCCCAGCAACCUGGGGACGCCGAGCGGCACGGGGUCGCAGACGCCCACGAGCCAGUUCGCGACGGGCGCGCUGCCGCACCAGCUGCCGACGACGAGCAGCGUCAACCCGCUCCUGCAGGCGGCGACGACGGCCGGCCUCGCGGUGCCGGCGCCGGCGGGGGGCGCUCCCGGGUCGAACGCUGGGGACGCCGGCGCCAUGACGAGCCACCACUUCCACAGCCAAACGCCGACAGCGAUCAAGCUGGCGCAGCUGCCCACGUACCUCACCGAGUGGGCCAAGCACGGGUUCGAGGAGUCCAUGUUCCUCGGCGCGCAGGUGGCGGCGAGGCUGGCGUUCUGUAUUCACAACAUGGACGCCCAGGGCCAGGAGAGCCAGAGGCUCAUGAGCCUGAAUAGAGUGGACUAUAAUGAACUUGGCCCCAAGGGUAUCCGGAACCACUCGAUGCUCGGCUAA